UCAUGGUGGAAGGAGUGGCUGCUCUGGGAUUGCCGAAAGAAAACAUCCAAAAUGAAAGCCUUCUUCUCACUCUCCUGCCUGCUCCUUUUCAUGGCUUCUGGUGCUGGUCAGUCCACGUCCACCAAACAGCCCAAGACUCUAUUUCAACCACAGUAAGAACGCCAACAGCCUCGGAGGACCGGAGUACGCUCGAGCCAAGCGGGACAGCAGCCACGCAGGACCCGAGCGCGGCGGCGCCCAGCGGCACAGCAGCCACGGAGGACCCGAGCGCGGCGGCGCCCAGCGGGACAGCAGCCACGCAGGACCCGAGCGCGGCGGCGCCCAGCGGGACAGCAGCCACGCAGGACCCGAGCGCGGCGGCGCCCAGCGGGACAGCAGCCACGCAGGACCCGAGCGCGGCGGCGCCCAGCGGGACAGCAGCCACGCAGGACCCGAGCGGGCGGCGCCCAGCGGGACAGCAGCCACGCAGGACCCGAGCGCGGCGGCGCCCAGCGGGACGCAGCCACGCAGGACCCGAGCGCGGCGGCGCCCAGCGGACAGCAGCCACGCAGGACCCGAGCGCGGCGGCGCCCAGCGGGACGCAGCCACGCAGGACCCGAGCGCGGCGGCGCCCAGCGGACAGCAGCCACGCAGGACCCGGGCGCGGCGGCGCCCAGCGGGACGGCAGCCACGCAGGACCCGAGCGCGGCGGCGCCCAGCGGGACGGCAGCCACGGAGGACCCGAGCGCGGCGGCGCCCAGCGGGACGGCAGCCACGCAGGACCCGAGCGCGGCGGCGCCCAGCGGGACAGCAGCCACGCAGGACCCGAGCGCGGCGGCGCCCAGCGGGACAGCAGCCACGCAGGACCCGAGCGCGGCGGCGCCCAGCGGGACAGCAGCCACGCAGGACCCGAGCGCGCGGCGCCCAGCGGGACAGCAGCCACGCAGGACCCGAGCGCGGCGGCGCCCACGGGACGCAGCCACGCAGGACCCGAGCGCGGCGGCGCCCAGCGGACGCACGCAGGACCGAGCGCGGCGGCGCCCAGCGGGACGCAGCCACGCAGGACCCGAGCGCGGCGGCGCCAGCGGGACGCAGCCACGCAGGACCCGAGCGCGGCGGCGCCCAGCGGGACGCAGCCACGCAGGACCCGAGCGCGGCGGCGCCCAGCGGCAGCAGCCACGCAGGACCCGGACCUGAUCACACAACCCAUGCAAGCUACCAGUCAAACUCCAUCAGCAUCUGUUCCUGAUGAGCUUUGUACAGAGAAGAUAUGUUACGGUUCUUCUGAGUGUAUAGAGCUGAACACUACAUCCUUUUGCCUGUGUCCAGAAGGGUAUUACUAUAAGGACUCCCAAUGUAACCAAGGAAGAACAUUCCCUGGGAUGGUUACAAUAUUAGAGUAUUUAUCAGACCUGGAUAACAAAAACUCCCCAAACUAUCAGAGUUUACAUUUCAAAAUAGAAAAAUUGUUUGCAUCUGCAUUUGCUGAUAACACUACAUAUGGACAAACAGUAAUUCUCAACGUACAACCAUCUGCAGUAACCAGAUCUGAAAUGCGCAGCAGUACAGGCGAAGUUGAUGUGUGGGUCGUAAACAUAUUUGACAAAAAUUCAGAUAUGACACUGGAUGAUGUCAGUAAAACUAUUGAGACUCAAAUAGGCAACGAUAUUAUUUCUUACCGAGCUGAGAAUCCAUGUGAUUUCAACGGCUGCAAAAAUGACGGUGAGGAUUGCUCAAAUGGCUUUACAUGCAACUGCCUGCAAGGAUUAGCAAGACCCACUGGUUCAUCUUCUUGCACAGAUUGUUCUUCUGACUGUAGUGAAAUAAAUAACAAGCAAUGUAUUAAGAAGACAAACUCUCGGAUUCCAGAGUGCCAAUGCCUGCCUGGCUACAUCAGUGAGGACGAAACCUGUCGAGAAUGUGACUUUGGAUACAGUGGAGUAGACUGCAAGGACAACUAUAUACUGAUCUUCACUGUCGUGUGCACCAUUGGUGGGGCCAUUCUACUGGGCACAAUAAUUGGGCUGAUUGUCUUAGCCAGAUCAAACAAGAGGAAGAAGAGGACAGAAGAGGACAGUCUGAUCAGUAGUGAAUUCAGUAAUAUGAGAUUGGAGACUACAGGGUUCAGCAACCCAGCCUUCUCCAAUGGGAGCCUCUUCCCCAAGGUCAAUGCUCGACUUCCCAGGGUCCAAAGUCAUCCCUAUGAGGAUCCAUAUCCCCAAAGGUCCAUGCCUGCACGAGAUUAUUAGGCUAAUAAAAACCAGAAGCCCACAACCCUUUGUCAAUGAACUAUGGCCCAGAUUUUGAGUUCCAGGACAAUCCAACUGGCAUCUAGCAGAGAAGACAUGGCACAUGAAGACACUGGGUGUAGAGCUUAUCUUUGCCUGAGAUUUCUUCUAUUUAGAAGCCGCAACUGGUUGAAAUGGCUAUUGUUUAUUCACUAAAUAUAUAGAAGUUAUUGAGUAUUGCAAGGCUAUUGUUGUUGUUGUUUUUGAAGCCAGUACAAAGUAGGGGCACGGUCAGAACCUGCCAAGGUACCCUUCCUGGGGACACUUCAAAAGUGAGAAUCCUUUGUGUACCAUCUUUUUUGUCUCCCUUAGACACACGCUCAUGAGAGGGGUGUUCUUCAGGGUCUUUGACUUGAUAGUGACAAGUCCAUAACUCAGGGGAGUUGCAAGGGCAUGGGAGGCCAUGAGGAGAUACCAUGUUGAUAAGCAGAUGAUGAAAACAACUUUAGUAUCUUGUUUUUUUGUAUUAUGUCAGAUAUGUCUGUAUAUGCUUGGUGAACUCUAGAAUUUAUUUCCUUUCAUAUUGAAUAGGCAGUCUGGGAAGAUUUUUCCUAUGUGUAUAUGCAUGGUAAACGCUAUACUUUAUUUCUUUUCAUAUUGAAAAGGAGAUCCAUGAAGUCUUAUUGAAAAUCAAGAUGUAUGGGGACCAAAAAUAAGAUGACAACUUCUUUUCUAGGCUGUUAUUUGUGCCCCAGAACAUAAUAAAAUGUCUUUGAUACA